AUGAUGAGGGACACUAUACGUCUCAUGCUUCAUCUCACAACAAAUUGUUACACUCGACGAAUCCGCCUUAGCUCUUCUGACGAUGUUCCAAAUGUAGAGGUUUCUCCCAACAACCGCGCCGGAUGUACAGACUCUGUGUGCAAGAAAAAUGCCCAGAAAUGUCUGAAAGGUACUUUGCGCUUCGGCACUUGGACGAAGAUCAUGGAUCAUGAGUCUUGGAAGUGGAAGCAUUGGGGUUGUGUUUCUGGCGAGCAGAUGCAACAUGUUCGCGACGCUGUGGAGCACAACGGCACCCUUGACUACGAUGCUUUUGAUGGCUAUGAUGAGAUGUCUGCCCACCCUGACUUGCAGGCCAAGAUCCGUGAUGCUAUCCAACAAGGCCACAUCGCGGCUGAGGAUUUCAACGGUGACCCGUGGAUGAACAAGCCUGGCCAGCGCGGAAUUCGCGGCAAGAAGCCCAAGGACUGGGAUGGCGAUGAGGAUGAGGCUGAAGCCGAUGCUCCUGCUCCUGCUUCUGCCAACGGCAAGAAGCGCGGCCGCAAGGCUGCCGCUGACGACGAGGAGGCUGAUGAGAAGCCCAAAAAGCGCGCCAAAAAGGCCGCGGCCAAGGUUGAGGACGACGACGAGGAGGAGAAGCCUAAGCCUAAGGCCAAGCGAGGCAAGGCUGCGACUGCUGCCAAAGCCGCCGCUGCUGACGACGAAGAUGAGGCUCCUAAGGCCAAGCCCAAACGUGGUGCUAAAAAGUCUGCCGUCAAGGAGGAAUCCGAGGAGGAGGAGGAGCCUACUGCCAAGCCCAAGCGCGGUGCUGCGAAGAAGGCUGCUCCAAAGAAGGCUGCCCCGAAGAAGGCCAAGGUCGAGGAGAGCGAAGAGGAAGAGCCAGAGGCUGAGGCUACCCCGGAGUCUGCAUCUGAGGAGGAGCCUGCCCCCAAAAAGGCUGCCUCCAAGGGCCGCAAGAAGGCUGCUCCUGCUGCUGAGGAGAAGCCUAAGCGCGCUACUCGCGCCCGCAAGUAA